AUGUCCGCCACUACUGAACAGCAGGCUCUGAAAGCUCAACUCGUAGAGCUGGGGGAAGAAUGGACGCCGGCCUGGGAAGCGGUUCUCGAGGCGUGCCCCGACUACUUUGCUGCCUACCUGAAAAUGCGCUCAGUUCCUCUCAAGAACCGGCACCUUUCUCGCAAGAUGCAAGAAUUGAUGCUUCUUGCAUGUGAUGCAUCUUGCACGCAUCUCUUCGAGCCAGGCAUUCGUCUCCAUACGGAAAACGCGUUGAAGGCCGGCGCGACCAAAGGCGAGGUCUUGGAGGUCCUAAUGAGGGCGAGCGUGCUAGGGAUCCAUGCCGUCAGCGUCGGUCUUCCAAUUCUAUUCGAAGUGUUGGUGGAAGAAGGAAAGAUGACGCAAGAAGAUCUGGAAGCACCCAACGAUGAGUAUAGGGAGCAGCUCAAGGCUGAUUUUACGGCGAAACGGGGCUUCUGGGCCCCGCAUUAUCAGAAGUUGAUCACAAUCGCACCCGAUUUCUUUGAUGCGUAUAUCACCUACUCCGCGGCACCGACCGAGUCUGGGGGCCAUCUUAGCCCCUGUGACAGAGAAUUAGUCUACACAGCGAUUGACUGCUCGACCACUCAUCUUUACGGCUAUGGUCUUAAAACUCACGUCAGGAAUGCUAUCAGAUUGGGUGCAACUCCAGAAAUGAUCGUAGAGGUCUAUGAGCUUGCAGCUCUGAUGGGCGCCCAGACGUUGCUACUAGGCGUGCCUGUAUUGAAGGAAGCUUUGGCGAAGCUCGGCUAG